AUGUCGAAGCGUGGACGCGGUGGUUCUUCCGGAGGGAAGUUCCGAAUCACCCUUGGUCUUCCCACCGGUGCGGUUAUGAACUGCGCUGACAACACUGGGGCCAAGAAUCUCUAUGUGAUUGCAGUCUUUGGUGUCCGAGGUCGCCUCAAUCGGCUGCCAUCGGCAGCCACUGGGGACUGCGUGGUUUGUUCAGUGAAGAAGGGCAAACCGGAGCUCCGCAAGAAGGUGUGGCAAGCUGUAGUAAUACGUCAACGGAAGGCGUUUCGUCGAAAGGAUGGAACCUUUAUAUACUUCGAAGACAACGCGGGCGUAAUAGUGAAGUCCAAUGGUGAAAUGAAAGGCUCUGCUAUCACCGGUCCUGUGGCGAAGGAGUGUGCUGAUAUGUGGCCAAAGAUCGCCUCUAGUGCUGGAUCUAUCCAUUGA